AUGGUAGCUUCAUUGUACCUUUUUUUCAGCCUUGUCGGCCUCCAUGGCGCAUCUGCAUUACCGCAGCCAGAAAAUUACAAUGCGCGGCAAGUACCUUCUGGCUCAGGAUCUACCAGGGUCGUUCUAGACUACGGCGAUUUCAAUGGAAACACUAACAAUGGAGUCGAUCAGUUUUAUGGAAUACCAUACGCUGAACCACCGAUUGGCGAACGUAGAUUGACAAACCCUAUCUUUCCCCUGGGGAAGUACCCCAAUUUCGAUGCUACGAGAACUCCACCCAGCUGUGCUCAACAGUUCCUCACGGGAGGAGGAAAUCCACUCUUUGAUAUCGCAACCGUUGUCGCUGACGAACUAGAUAAACUUCCAAUUUACGCACCCACCGUCGGAGGCCAAGAAGACUGCCUGACUCUAGAUAUUUUACGCCCUACAGGAAUCCAACAGGGAGCCAAUUUACCUGUCAUGUUUUGGAUUUACCCAGGAGAUUUCUCAUUUGGGUCAUCAACACUCCUUCAAGGUAACACCUGGAUUGAAAAAAGCGUUGCCUUGGGCCAGCCGGUCAUUUUUGUUGCAAUCAACCACAGAAUGGGUGCAUUUGGGUUCCUGGGUGGAAAACAGAUUGGGGCUGCAGGAGUUGGAAAUCUUGGGUUGAAAGACCAGCGUCUUGCGAUGAAAUGGGUUCAGAAACACAUCUCUGAGUUUGGUGGGGACCCUACUAAAGUGAUGAUCUUUGGGGAAUCAUCUGGUGCAAUAUCGACCUCCUAUCAUCUCUUCAUCAACAACGGAGACAACGAGGGAUUAUUCAGAGCUGCCAUCUGCGAGUCUGGAAGCGCUUUCCCAGUUGGAACUUUGGCUGAAGGAGCUGGUCAAACUACUUACGAUGCUAUUCUAAAGGACAUUGGCUGCGAGAAUAAUUCUGACACAUUGGCGUGCUUGCGAAGUGUGGAUUUCUCUACUUUAUAUGCUGCGUCGAACCGCAUACCGGGACCUUUUUCUGGUGGCUCCUUUCCAUUGCCUUACGCACCGUACGUCGAUGGAGAAUUCGUCACUGGAAGUAUGGAAGAUAAUCUCGAAGCCGGAAAGUUCGCCCGUGUGCCUUUGAUCACAGGAACAGAAGAUGAUGAAGGUACUCUGCUAACGCUAGGCGUUGCUCCUACAAUCAUCACCGAAUCAAACUUGAAAAAGUAUAUUUCACGCUUGCUAUUCAAAGCUACCCAAGAACAAAUCGAUUUUCUCACCACUAUUUACCCUGAAGAUCCAACUCAAGGUUCCCCUUUCAACACAGGACUCCUCAAUACUCUUACCCCAGUCUAUAAACAAUAUGCUGCAAUCUUUGGUGACUUUGUGUUCCAGGGAUUACGUCGUCUAGUCUCAAGGAAAGUCAACCGACAUAUGCCUACGUGGGGUUACAUUGAUCGCGGGUUGAAAUCGAUCCCUGUCUUGGGCUCAACACAUACUGUCGAAUUACUCUCGACUUUCGGUAUCAGUCAGGGACCGAGAACUGACGAUUUCCAAUCUCGUUGGAUAGCUUUUGCCAACAAUCUAGACCCUAACGUUCCAGGACUUCCUCGAUGGGAAAGAUAUGGUGGUGUAAAUGGUACAGAUGAUUUUAGAGGGAACGUACUUCAAUUUGAAUCAUCUGGUUCAACUGGAACUAUCCCUGAUGAUUUUAGAUCAACUCAAAUUAAUUAUUAUUUGGACAAUCUUAAGAGUUUUAGACUUCUCUCUACAUAG